UGCCGAGCAAGCAGACCUCCCCCGUUUCCGCCGAACCAGACAACCUCAAAACGAACAACCGUCCGCCGCCUCCGCUCCACCUCCUCCUCCCUUCACCGGCGCCACCGCCCCCUCCAUCCCCUCCCCCACCCCGAACGUACGCGCGCCGGAGCGGAGGAGUCCGCGUCGUCGCGAGCAGGGGAAGGCGAGCGAGGCGAAGAGAUGUUCUCCGGCGAUUGGACGCCGCCGUGCGGCAGCUGCUGCACCAAGAAGUACGCCAACCUCGUCCAAAUCCCAUGGAGGGUGUUCUGCAAGAAGGGGUGCAACGCGGACGGCGACACUUGGGACGAGUGCAUAGGUAAAUGCACUGAGAUAUGCUACAAAGAUCCAGUGUUGGAAGAUCGCCAGUGGAGUGCUUACAUCGAUCGGUCUCCAGGAGAGGAUAGUUACUCCUUGGAGUGCUUCAAUGCUUGUAUCUCUGGAUGUGGAUAUAGGUUCGAUAUACCAGCGGAAAAAGUCAAAGAAAUCAAGCCGAACAGGCCGUCCAAGCCGCCACCUCCCGUAAUAGAACGGGCUGCGGGUUCAGAACCUGCUGUGAAGGGUGAAGAUGUGCCUUGCACAUCAGCGUAGCUUAUGCAAUUUUGUAAAACUAUUCGCCGUUCUUUUCGCUCGUCAGAUCACACCUCUGUUUUAUUGCCGGUGAUGCAUUUUUCAAAAUUUUAGUCCACCUCACCCUGGACGAGAUGCUAACAAGGGUAUAUGACCAAACAAAAGAUCUUUUUGGUCCCAUUGCAAUCUUCUUUAUCUUGGCUGACAAGGUCAGAGACAAGUAAAGGCUCGUUUCGACCCUGUACUAUAAUAUGAGUGAAUUCUUGCAUCAUUCUCGAGCCGGUGAAAACUCUAGUUCGUCUCUACUCUCUAGGUACCAUAUGAGUGUGUGCAUCUGAAUUGCCUUGUAAUCGGUGUUUCUAAACAUCAAUAGCUAUCAUUUCAAACUUCA